AUCAUUUCUGUUCUAACAAGCUUCCCUUUGUUUUGUCCUCGCCGAAGGAAAAACAUAACUUCACAACAGGUUAUGGGCCCAGAGUAGUCAGAAGGUCGAGUUUAAUUCAUGUCAGAAGAGAUUGUCUAUAUGCCGAGAGGACUGUAAGCAUAUGUGCUCGUGAACAAAUUGCUAUCAUAGGUUUUUUGUUGUCUGGAUUCGAUUCGAAGUCAGAGUACUGUCGUCUACGUCUGCCGAAAUAACCAUGGAUAAUAUUCCUGUCACGAAGUUCAAUGGAUCAGAUUUUGGUCUCUGGAAGUAUCAGAUGACGGUCUACCUCGAAUAUUAUGAUCUAUAUGAUGUUGUAUGUGGUAAAGUAGCAAGGCCGCAAACAAAUUCUCAACACUGGGAUACAAUCGACAAGAAAGCUAAGUGUAUAUUGACUCAGUUGCUUGAGCUGCAACAGUUACGUCAUGUGGUAAACUGCAAAACCUCAAAUGAGAUUUGGUCUAGGUUAGAGUCUGUGUAUGAGCAAAAGAAUGAAACGAGUGUACAUUUGCUUUUAGUAAGAAUUUUCGAGUACAAGAUGGAUCCGAACAAGAUGACAGUGUCCGAACAUGUCAGCAAUGUUGAACAAAUGGCUCGACAACUUGAAGAUCUUGGUCACAAACAAGAUGAAAUAACGGUGAUUACAAAGAUCUUGCAUUCGUUACCAGCAAGCUUUCGUUCCAUGAUAUCAGCUUGGGAUUCAGUAUCAAGAAAUGAACAGACGUUAGCAAAUCUGUUAUCUCGUCUCAUGAAAGAAGAAAACUUUGCUCAGAGUUUCAGUGAGCUCAAGGUCAGUGGCGGUGAUGAGUCAACUGCAUUAUAUGCGAAGAAAUCGAAGUACUUCAAGAAAUCUAAGCCAGAUAAGAAAACAUUCAAGGGAAAAUGCUUCAACUGUGAUGAGAAAGGACACAUGGCUUGACAGUGCA